AGUAGCCUAGUUCAAAGAAGCCUAGUCAGCAGAGCAUGAUUUUCUGCAUGCAUGCUGUUGAAUUUUGGUUAGUGCGUUAUCGUUCCACAGAAAAAAGCAAGAUGUCAGUUGGUAAGUUACAGAAUUUCUCAACUUUUGAAGUAGAUUCCCUAACUAAAUUUUCCACCAGGUCUUAAAGUCGCCUUCCAUGAAUUGGCUGAACAAUUCAUUACCGAUAGUUCUACAACAUCUUUGUGUCAGUACGUUAUUGACAAGUUCCAGGGCAAAACAAUUGAUACUGCAGAACUUCAAAAGAAAAUUAGCUUUUUCGCACUCAAAUUCACAACAGCAUGGAAAAAGAGCAACCGGAAAAGAGACCGUUUCUUUGAGCGCAACAAAAUUUGGUUGAGUGGGUUUGAAACUUUCAAAGAACUUCCGAUGUCGAACACCAAGAGAGGGCGUCCGCGUAAAUCAUUUGAAACCUCAAGCACAAAAUCGAAGCAGCGAAAAGUUCAUGAUAUCAGCGUCGAAGUUCCGUAUCAGGAGUUGAUGUUUGCAGCGGCAACAAGAGCCACAAGUUCCGGACAUAGAGAUGCGGCAAAGAUCAUCAAAAAUAUUUCUGAAUUUCCAGAAACCGCCACUAGCUUGAAGCAAUCUAUGAAGUCUUGUGAUGCCGGAGUGGAGCAGUAUUCACCGACUGAAGCUUUGGCAUUCAUUUGUAAGAACGGAUUUUCCAAGAGUCAAUACAAUGACAUUCGUGCAUCGGAUUUGAAGAAAGGGUGUGAUUUGUAUCCGUCCUACAAUCGGGUUUUGGAGGAAAAGAAGCUGACGUAUCCUGAAGGUAAUUUCUAUUUCAUUAGAUAGGGCCCAUUCAUACACUAUAAAGGCAUCACAAAACAUCUUUUCUAUUAUCUAACAUGAUCGAAAUGAAUCUAUGUUGCUUAUGGACAGAUAAUUAUGGGAAUGCAAAAAUAGUCAUGAGAUAUUCAUAAUUUUCAGGUAUUACGAUAAAACCAUCAGCAGCCGAAGUUCCCCUCCAAUCCCUAGUUGACCACACAAACAAACGCUUAAUAGAAAGCCAUAGAAGUAUUCUUGCUGGUUCGGCUUGUAAUACGUUUGAGAUUAACUAUAAGUGGGGCUGCGAUGGCAGUAGCAAUCACUCUCGCUAUAAGCAAAACUUUGUUGAAACGGAUGAAGACGGUGAAUUACGAGAGUACAAUGAUUCACACAUAUUUUCGAUGGCUCUUGUUCCUCUCCAAUUAAUUGGAAGAAUCUCAGAGCACGAACGAGAUAUUUUUUGGAAAAAUGAUCUACCUUCUUCCGUUUCGUUGUGCAGACCGAUCAAGCUAAUUUUUUUGAAGGAAUCUGCUCAGCUAACGCGAAAUGAAGUUGAGAAAGUGCGAGAUCAAAUAUAAAAUCUGAGGCCAACUGAAAUUCUUCAAGACGGUCGGACAAUUACUGUAUAUUCUUCGUUAAUUCUAAGUAUGAUGGAUACUAAGGUAGUAAACGACCUCACAGAAACAAACUCGCAAUCCUGCUCAUUUUGUGGGAAAAGCGGAAAGAAUCUGAAUGACGCAACCAACGAUCUGAACGAGACCAACGCUGAAAAGUUCUCUCGUGGAUUCUCCCCUCUCCAUUGCUAUAUUCGGACAAUGGAACUGUUUCUUAAGGUAGCAUAUCGACUAGAAAUGGAAAAACCGACAUGGCGCGUAGCGAAGUCUAACGAAGCUGUCCGUCAACGAGAAGCCACCAUUCGAGCCGAAAUAAAACGAAGACUAGGGCUCAGAAUUAGCGAACCGUUACCGAGCGGUGGCAACAGCAAUGAUGGUAAUACCUCACGAAAGUUCUUCAAAGAAUGGCGUACAAUCUGCGAAAUUACGGGGUUGAAUGAAGAUCUACUGGAGAGAAUGUACAUCAUUCUAGUUAUUAUCAACUGUAAGAGUGAUAUCAACGUGGAAGUAUUCCAAAACUACUUGGAAACGACUAGGAAACUUUAUAUCAGCCUAUAUGGUUGGUAUCCGCUGUCUCCAACUCUCCACAAAAUUUUGGUCCACGGCGGUGCCAUCGCGAAGCACAGUACUGUUCCUGUUGGAAUGUUGAGCGAGGAAGCACUGGAGACCCGGAACAAGUCUAUCAGAAAGUUCCGAGAAUUCCACUCCAGGAAAUUCAGCAGAACGGCAAACAUCGAAGACGUCUUCCAACGUUUGCUUCUAACAUCCGAUCCAGUGAUUUCCUUGAUGAAUAGGAAAAGCAGCGAUUCUCCUUUAAACUCUCUUCCAGCCAAAGCUCAAGAACUUGUUAUUUUGAAUUGAAUUGAAAAGAUAUGUAGUUUUAAUUUUUAUUUGUUCUAAGCUCAAUAAACCAAAAUAUUAAGUAUAUGCAUACUAAUCGAUUGUUUUUAGAAAUCCAACAUAGAAAGAAAAGUAUGGAACCUUUCAUUAGGGUAGCAUUGACAGAAGGUUCUUUGAAACGUUGAUAGUGUUUAUUUUUUAGUCAAAAAUCCAAUUUUUUUUAAAUAUGUUUUUAUGUGUUGAUUCUUCAAAAAAACUUAGUUCUAGACAAUUUUAAAGCAUUCAAUUGCGCACCUUUUUGCCGAAGACAUCAUACCUGUAUUUUGUAUAUUCUUGAAGUUAUGGCCAUUUUUUGAUGAAAAAUGACAUAUUUUCAAAAAUUAAUUAA